AUGUAUUAUAUAUUUUAUAAAAACAUUGCAGCGGAAAAAUUAGGGAUAGCAAAGACACUACCACCAUAUUUAGGCUCCAAUCUCAAACCAGAUGAUCUUCUAAAAGGUGUAAUCUUUGCUUCUGGAGGUUCCGGUUAUGAUCCAUUAACAUCUACAGUAUUGUCUGUCGUAUCGAUGUCUGACCAACUGAAGUACUUUCAAGAAUAUUUAUCAAAAAUUAAACAACACUUUGGAGAAGAAAAAGUUAAAUUUAUAUUGGAGAAAAGUUUGUUUCUAGUGGUCUCUAGCAGUAAUGAUCUCGCUGAGACUUAUUUGGUUCGAUCGGUCGAAUAUUGUCGUAACUCAUAUGCUGAAUAUCUUGCUCAAUUGGCAUCAGAUUUCAUCAAAGAAUUAUCUGGACUUGGAGCUAAAUACAUCGGAGUGUUUAGCGGAGUACCGGUUGGAUGUGUACCCGCACAAAGAACACUAUUUGGGGGGUUUACAAGAUUAUGUUUUGAAGAUUUGAAUAACAUGGCACUUCAUUUCAAUUCAAAGCUAUCUUCUAAUUUGGAUGCUCUAACGAAAGAGCUGCCCAGCAGAGUAGUAUAUAUUGACGUUUACGAAACUCUUCUUGACAUCAUAAAAAAUCCUACAAAAUACGGAUUUGAAGUAGCAGAUAAAGGAUGUUGUGGUACAGGAUUAAUUGAGUUGAUGGAGUUGUGCAAUAAAUUUUCUCCGUUCACAUGUUCGGAUCCAUCGACUCAUGUGUUCUUUGACGCUUAUGAUCCUAGCGAAAAGGCAUAUCAGAUUAUCACUGAUAAAUUGAUGGAUAAAUACCUUAAGUACCUAAACAAUUAAAUAUGUUUAGUCCAGUGAUAUUAGUUCAUUCAACGAGUGUACUUUGAUUGUUUUUCCCUUAUUUUUUUUUGUUCUACCAUCAUUUAAUAACAGUGUUCA